CAGACCAUGGGUGACCAGCCAGAGAGCACGCCGGGUCUUCGAGACAGCCACCAAGAGUCUGACCGACACAGAAGUCUCUGGUAGCUGACUAUCUGACACAUUCGACUGCUACAGCGGAGAAACCUUACCGCAUGAAGCAGGCAGACAACGUCGUGAGGGCUAGUCAGCUCCUGGAUUCGCUGGCUGGUCAGACGAGCACUGAUCCCUCAGAUGGGGAAUCCAGCCGCGCUGCCCGUAGCAUAGCUCGCAGUGCUGCCCAGCAGAAAGCAGAGAUGACAGACGUGCAAACGGAUUUUGAGGCAGCGUACAGCCGGCUUGUAGAACAGCACCCGGUGACUCUGGAGGGUGGAGCACCAGAUAAGGCUCUGCGCGCCGACACCUCACCUAGCUUUCAGCGGAAGCUGUACGAGCGAUGGGUGAAGGCCCAGAUGAAACUGCGCAAGCAACAUAUUCACUAUAGUGAGGAGAAGGUCAGCAAGUGGAUCUCUGAUCGGGGAUGGAGGAGCAACAUACCCAGUGCAGCCCAGUUCGUCGACGAAUGGAAGCCCCAUGGAUCCGUGGACACAGCAUUGGACGCUAAACAGAUCCGGAGACUCACAAGGACCCAGAGGUGGAAAGGACUCAUUGUGACGGAAGAUGGAGGGAAGGGCAAGGGCGUCAUUGCCACCCGAAGAUUUCUGGCUGGUGAGGUGGUGUGGGACUACCACGGGCAGGUCGUCACAGCCUCAGAGGGACACAGCACUCACAGCACUGUGAGUGCGGAGGACGGUGUUCACAUUUUUUUUUUUUUCGAAAACAUGAAUGGACAGGCUAUGUGCAGUGACGCACAUUCGCCUUGCUGUGAGUGCCAUCCAGACCGACAGACUUUUGGGCGGUUAAUCAACCACUCAAGGAAACGUUGCAACCUGAGGCCCAGAGCAUACACUCUUCAAAACGGGGUGGACAUUAUUAUUUUCCUGGCCACAAAGAACAUUAACGAAAAUGAAGAACUUUUGUUUGAUUAUGGUGUUGAAAGAAGGUCUUUUAUAGGAAAGGGUUUAAACCUCCUUUGGGUAUGAAUGUGUAAAUACAUGUGAAAAUUCGUGUAAAUACUAGUGUUAAAAAAAAAAAAACACAACAACAUGUAGAAUGUGCAUAAAUACGGCCCGUAUUACUUAUCUUCCUUUUUUUAAUGAUUGAGUUUUUCCAAUGUAAAUAAACUUGCCUUAGUAGUUAUAUCAUACACUUUCUGUCAAACGGUCAAAGUGGGGUGUGUGUGUGUGUGUGUGUGUGUGUGUGUGUGUGUGUGUGUGUGUGUGUGUGUGUGUGUGUGUGUGUGUGUGUGUGUGUGUGUGUGUGUGUG